AUGGCCUACUCCCGUAAUCAGACACCGUGUAAGUAUUUCCAAGCCGGGAAAUGUCUUAAGGGAAAUAAUUGCAACUUUGCACACGUUUAUACCAACGGAAACAAUGGUGGGAACAACAAAACAACAGGUCUCCAGAAGUCUACGGAAGAAAAAUAUUUGGAUCUCACUAACGACAGGAAUCUAGAUAGGUAUACAAGAGAAAUUGAGCUUGAUAUGGAUGAUUAUAUGACAUUUGCUUGGGCUCCUAAUGGUAGCUCAUAUGGCCUAGCUGCACCCUGUCCGCUAAAUGUUAUAGCAAACCGAGAUUUCUCAUCGGAUGAAUCUCGGUUUCAGUAUUGGCAAAGUAUUAAGCAAGGGAAACAAGGACAAUAUGAGAUGGAAAUUACUGCUAGACGAAAAGAUAUGGAAAAAUGUGUCAACUUUGUUAAGAGUGAAGCUAAGAAAGCCGCUCGAUAUGUUCAAUUGUCAGCUAGAACUUACAGAUCAAAUGGAACCCUUCCGUCUAAGCCGUUUAUAGAUCAUCCAUUAGAUCUUACUGGCCAAUCAUAUAACACUAACAGUCCAUUUGGAUCUGUUCGCUCUAACCCUUUUGCGAAUGUUGGACCCUUUUCCUCUAUGUCAUCCAAUGGAGCACCUCCCUUUGGGCAGAGUGUUGCUAGCACUAAUAUAGUGUCUUCUAAUUCCAAUAGUACAAUUGGGCAAUCCCCAUUUGGAAAUAUGGGGGCGCAAAUUGGUAAUUCUACUUCAGUUUUCGGAAAGCCCGCUUUUGGAUCCACAGCUGCUGCUACACCAUCAUCUCCGUUUGGCCAGAAUUCAAAUGGCAAUAGUAUUAAUAGUAAUAAUAAUGGCAGUUCCAAUACACCAGGUUCCUUUGGAUCUCAGAAUCUAGCUUCGAAUACGUUUGGGAAAUCAACAUUUGGCGCUCAGCCAUUUGGUAAUCCAUCGUCUAGUACUGGAUUUGGACGUCCUCAACAGACAACAGACAGUUCCUCAGCCUUCCGCAAACCGGCAUUUGGACAUGGUGCUUUUGGUCAACCUUCAUUUGGUCAAUCAGCCGCUCGACAACCCGCAUUCGAACAGCCUGCAUUUGGUACGUCUUCUUUCGGACAAGCAGCUACUGGUCAAUUAACUGCCAAUCAGCCAGCAUUCGGACAGUCUGCAUUUGGUACUUCUCCUUUUGGACAAGCAGCUAUUGGUACUUCUCCUUUUGGAAAUACUCCGUCAAGUCAAACUGCUUUUGGGACAUCUGCCUUCGGACAAGCAGCUUCCGGACAAUCGCCUUUUGGAAAACCUUUAUCCGGUCAAAACACUUUUGGAACGUCUGUUUUUGGUCAAGCUGCUGCAACAAAGUCUGCCUCUUCUCAAAUCGGUUCCACAGGCUCUCCGUUCAGCCAAUCUAAUGCCAGCUCUAACCCUAAUUCGGCUACCCAAGUUUCUAAUAAUCAGAACAACACAAAUACUAAUUUCAAUUCUACUGUACAGCCGUUCCAAUCAAUCAACAACGGAUUUUCUAAUAGCCCUUUUAAUAUGCAAUCUAAUUCGGAAAAUUCGGCAGCUGGUAUUCAGGGAUCUAUAUCGAGUUUCGUUCAAGGUUUGGAAAACAAGUCAGAAUUAACAGCUAUAUCAGAUCUCUCUGAAAAAACGAUUGCAUUAUUUAAAGCACCAAAAUUCGAGUUGGGAAAUAUACCUGAAGUGCCUCCACCUCGUGAGUUGAUUAGUUGA